AGCAAUACUGUCAAUGUAACUCUUCAGCGUAAAAAGUCGCUUCCAGAUUUUCAAGAUCUUCCACGAUCUAUAGAAGUUAUGAGUCGUGAGGAAGUCUCUGCAUUGGGUUCGGCGAGGCGGGAAGCUGUGCGUCGUCAAAUACAAGUUAAUGAAAGGCUUAAAGCUAAUCCUUUAUUGUAUAUUUUUAGUCCACAAGUUAAGGAUUGGUUUUCUCGUCAACAGUUGGUGCUGCUUGUACUUUUUCUUAAUGUCAUUUUAGGUUUACUCUUUGUGAAAAUGUUGGCAUAGCAAAAAAUAUUAAAUUACAAAGAUACGGAUGGUCGGUUUUAAUUAGUACUAUCAAUUACUCAAUAUAACGUACGAAAGAAAUUAUUUAUUAGUGAUUAUAACUAAUAUAUUAUUCAAGCACGAGUCGAAAAAGGCUUGACGUAUGUCUGUAAAUAUUAAUUACAUCGUUGUUCAUUAUUAGUAGUCAGUCGAUCGCGAGGGAAAAAUUUCCAGAAGUGCAGCUCAUGUAAAUAAAUUCAUUUUAAAAGAAA